AUGAAAUUGAUGGUGGGCGAUGGCGAGCUAGGGUUUGGCGAUUGGAAGGGAUGGGAGGAGAUUUGUGGGAGGAUUUUGUCUCGGCAAUCGGCAUCACAGCGCAGUAGAAGCGACAUGACUUAUAGCUCUGGUGAAGAGGGCCCUGCCAUUGUGCAAUUGCAAAAAUGGGAAUCUUCUCAAUUGCAAGCAAACCUGUCAGAGUUCUGUGAAGCUUUCCUUUCCCCAACCAGGGAACUUAUAGUAUUGCUUUCAUAUCACCAUGAAGGGUUACUUCUUCCUCUAGUCAAAGGUGAAGCUGUAAGUAGUAUUGUAAGCUAUCCCAUGCUUUCUGAUAUAAAUUCACUUGCUUGGGGUAUAUGUGAAGAUUCAAAUAGUCAACAUGAGGGGGGUUUAUUUAGAGAACUUCUCUUUGUGGUUGGAGAUCAUGGGUUGACUGCUCAUGCAUUUUGUCAAUCCAUUGAGUGCAGUGAAUCCCUUGAGCCUAUGCCAGAUGUAAAUAGUGGAGAAUGGGUUGAAUGGGGCCCAUCUAAUGAUGCAAUGCAUAUAAAUAAACCGGAAAAUGAUGAUGAACAAAGGAGAUGGUUGAGAACUUUCCUUACUAAAGCCAAAACAGUCAAAUCCGAAGGCAAGCUUUGUAGUAGAUUCCCAGAUAAGUCUCAAUUCCCAUCUUCCACUACAGUUGUUUCCUUCAACAUUUUUGAGAACGAUUCUACACUUCUGAGAGACCUAUUUCAUGGAGAUGAUUUGAACAACAUUUCAUACGAAUGCUGUAGCGUGUUUGUUAAUAAUUCACAUGACCUGAUUGGGUUUUCCUUAAUCUUUUCUCCUGUGAACACCAAUGAUGAAUCUGAAAGGAAACAAAGAAAAAAAGUAGUUGUUGUUGGUAGGAUAGUCAGCUGGGGCAUACAGUGGGUUUGCUCAGUGAAGCUUGAUGAGGAUGUAUAUAAAGUUCCUGUGGAUCAAUGGGUGGACUUCAAAUUUUCUGAUAGAUAUCUUAUAUGCCUUAAUUCUGCUGGUGUAAUAUUCUUUUUUGGUGAUAUAACUGGUGAAUACAUAGGAUCUGUCAAUCUGCUAGAGAUAUAUAAUGGAGGUGAAAGUGAAAGUAGGUCUUGUACAGUAUCUACUGGUCAAAGUCAAACUAGUAGUAAUUUUAUUGGUCAAACCGUGUUUAGGACUCUUCUUGUUGCUUCACAUACAUCACUGAUGGCUGCAGUUGAUGAGCAUGGUAUUGUUUAUGUAGUUCGUGGUAGUGACCAUAUUCCAGGCAUAAAUAACUCAGUUGAGAAGUCUCUUCCACAGUUCCAACAAUUAAGGCACCAGACUUUGGUUGGGUGGGAGGUUGGUGGUGCUGAUAUCAGCCACCAGAGAAGCUUUUCCAAGGACAAAAUGGGAAGUAAAGAGUUAUUACCUACUUUGAGAAGUGUAUUUCUUCCAACAGAUAAAUAUAGAAAAGAUGAUAUUAUAUGUCUUUCCCCAUUUGGAAUCACCAGGCUUAGUAAAAAAUAUAGUACAGUUGUCCAUUUCAACUACCAUGUAGACUCGGCUAUGAUUAUGAAUGAUGGUGGUCAGGAAGAGGAAGUCACUGUAGGAGAUGCAGUUGGAUGUGUGUUUCAUGGAUGUUUUUAUCUGGUCACAUCGGAGGGUAUUUCUGUAAUUCUACCCUCUAUUUCAUUGGAAUUAGCUUCUGGUUGUAUUCCUGUUGAAGCUAUUGGAUACCGACAGAAUAAUAUCUGCUCUAUGGAUCAAACUGUAAACCUAAUUGAAAUAAAAGGAUUGAAGCAGCCAUGGCCAACUUGGAAAAUUGAGGUUUUAGAUAGAGUUCUUUUGUAUGAAGGAUAUGAAGAAGCAGAUCAUUUAUGCUUGGAAAACGGUUGGGACCUGAAGGUUCCCCGGAUUCGUCGGUUGCAACUGGCACUGGAUUACUUGAACUUUCAGGAGAUUGAGAUUUCGUUAGAGAUGCUUGCUGGUGUUAAUUUGGCAGAAGAAGGGGUCCUGAGAUUGGUCUUUGCUGCUGUUUAUUUGUCAUUGAAUAAAGGUGGAAAUGAUAAUGAUGUAUCAUCUGCAUCAAGGCUUCUUUCAUUGGGCACCCAUUUCUCUACAAAAAUGAUACGUAGAUAUGGAUCAUUGCAACAUAUUGAAAAUGGAAAUGGAUCAUUUACAGACAUGGAAAGUUCUCUUCCUUUGCUUUUAGCAGAUAAAGAACAUAAUGAAACUGAAAAUUCAAAAAGACUCGAGGAAAUGGCCCGUUUGCUGGAAAUCAUACGAAACAUGCAACGUCUUCUUGCUACCAAAUUUAAAAAAUCUGUUACACGAAUGGGGGAGAGUUUGAAGCCAUUGGAAUUUAUGGAUUCAGAGUUAUCACAGGAUGAUUCCACACAUGUUUCUUCAAUGGAAACAACAAAUGAGCAGGAAACAACCAAUGGUUUGAUGUCGGUUGACUCAGUUGACUCUAGAUUCUAUUCAGAGCUGGAGAGAUCUGUUUCUCAAGUAGAAACAAGAGCUAUUCCAUUUGAAAAUCCUAAGGAUAUGAUUGCACGUUGGGAACAUUUAGACCAAAAAAAUGUUGUGAAAGAUGCUUUACUUUCUGGGCGUCUUCCAUUAGCAGUUCUUAAAUUGCAUCUUCAUAAUCAAGAAGGUAUGGAUGGUAACAAUGAGCCUCACAAUACUUUUGAGAAAGUCCGUGAUAUUGGAAGGGCUAUUGCUUAUGAUCUGUUUCUAAAGGGUGAAACUGAAGUUGGUGUAGCCACACUGCAAAAACUAGGAGAGGAUGUGGAAAGUUGCCUAAGGCAUCUGGUUUUUGGCACUGUUAGGAGAUCUCUUCGAAACCAAAUAACUGAAGUGAUGAGAAGUCAGGGGUAUUUUGGACCAUACGAGUCAAAGAUAUUGGAAGGGUUAUCAUUUGUUGAGAGGGUCUACUCAUGCAGUAGUUUUCACACAACAUUUCUUUCCCGGCAAAAGGACUUAAUUGUCAAUUCACCAGAAGACAUCAAGCUGCCUGUGUUGCAUAUACUAUCUAACAACCUUACUAUUGAAUGUGGGGAAGUUGAUGGAGCUGUUUUAGGUUUAUGGAGAGAUGUGAGCAAAUAUUCAGAGAUUCCUGUGGUUGAUGAUGAUGACACUCAUGCUUGUUAUUGGGCUUCUGCUGCAGUCUGGUCUGAUGCUUGGGAUCAGAGAACCAUAGAUCGUAUAGUGUUAGACAGGCUUUCUCUUGUUGAUUUUGAUGUAUCAUGGGAGUCACAAUUUGAGUACCACAUAAGUCACAGUAAUUGGGAGGAAGCUUCUAGACUCAUUGACAUAAUUCCAUCAUACUCAUCACAACAUGGAAACCUUCGAAUCAGUUUAGAUGGUUUACCAAGUGCUUCUACUGAAGCCAAAACCGAUUUCAAUGAUUAUGGAAACUACAUAUAUUCUAUACAAGACUUAGAUGCUGUGUGCAUGGAUGUCCAAGAUAUAAAAAUACUAAGGUUCCCAUCGAUUAAUACAUCCUCCAUGUGGCUAAAAUCACUUGUGGAAUCACAUCUUGCUAAAAAAUUCAUAUUUCUUAAAGAAUUCUGGGAUGGCACUGAGGAAAUUGUAUGUCUUCUCGCAAAGUCAAACUUUGUCACAAAUUCCAGUGAUGCAGCUUCUGUUGACCAGUCAACAGGAGGAGAUUCGACAGAUCUUUAUUUCCCAAAUAUUGAUAAAGACAUGAGUGGUGGUUGUUUCCAGGGUCUUCAUAAGCUUUUUCUGCACCAUUGUAUUCAACAUAACUUGCCACACCUACUUGAUCUUUACCUUGAUCACCAUAAGUUGGGUACAGAUCGUGAACUUCUUUCUGCCUUGCUAGAAGCUGCUGGAGAUUGUCAAUGGGCAAAAUGGUUGGUGUUAUCAAGGGUUAAAGGGAACGAAUACGAGGCAUCAUUCUCAAAUGCUAGGUCAAUUGCAUCACGUCCUGGGAAUCUGGAAAUAGAGGAGGAUAUAAUUCAUACAGUUGAUGACAUUGCUGAAGGAGCAGGAGAAAUGGCAGCAAUAGCAACAUUGAUAUACGCACCUCUUCCUAUUCAAGACUGUUUAAGCACUGGUAGUGUAAAUAGAAACCGCAGCUCUUCAGCUCAAUGUACUUUAGAAAAUCUAAGGCCAGCCAUGCAACGAUUUCCUACACUAUGGCGCACGUUAGUUGCAGUGUGUUUCGGACAAGAUCCUACUUCCAACUAUUUUACCUCCAGAUCAAAAGCAUUCAGAAAUUCUGCUUUAUCAGACUAUCUUAAUUGGCGUGACAAUAUCUUUUACUCUGCUGGACAUGAUACUUCACUUGAACAAAUGCUCCCUGGAUGGUUCUCUAAGGCUGUCCGCAGACUUGUUCAGCUUUAUGUGCAGGGUCCUCUUGGUGGGCAAUCUGUACCGGGGUUACAAGUGGAAGAAUCUUAUCUUCUUAGAGAUAUUGAUUAUGAAGAUAAUGGUAAUGAACAAUCAAAGAUCAGCACAUUGUCUUGGGAAGCUGCUAUCCAUAGGCAUGUAGAGGAACUAUAUGGGCCUUCAGCAGAGGGAUCAAGACUUGGACAUGAGCAUCACCUACACCGUGGACGCCCCUUGGCGGCUUUUAUACAUCUCCUUUCUUUAAGACUAAAAAAACUGAAAUUGGAAUUUGAGACACGCAGAAUGCAGUCAGAUGUAAACGGGCAAUCAAAUAUUCAAUCUGAUGUCCACACUCUACUUUCUCCAAUAACACAAGAGGAAGAAUCUCUUCUUUCAUCUGUUAUGCCCCUUGCAGUCAUGCAUUUUGAGGAUUCCGUAUUAGUGGCUUCCUGUGCUUUUCUUUUGGAGCUUUGUGGCAUAUCUCCUACUAUGCUUCAAGUGGACAUUUCUGCCCUCAGGCGGAUAUCUUCCUUCUUUAAAUCUAUUGAUCAAAAUCUUGAAGGCGAUAUUAGUGGAUCUCUUGCCCGAGCAUUGGCUGAAUACUAUUUGAAAAAUUACAACACUGGCAGUGGCGUUGUCAAGGAAAAAGAUAAUAAUAGUAAACAAAAACAAGCCACUCGAGCACUUGUGAUUGUCCUUCAGAAUUUGGAAAAAGCAAGUCUUCCAUCAAUGGAUACUACUGGAGAUACAUGUGGAUCUUGGCUAAUGACUGGAAAUGGUGAUGGAACAGAAUUGAGAUCACAACAGAAAGCUGCAAGUCAACACUGGAGUUUAGUUACUGAAUUUUGUAGAAUGCAUCAGAUAUCCAUCAGCACUAAAUAUCUUACUGUGUUAGCUAAAGACAAUGACUGGGUUGGGUUUUUGUCAGAGGCUCAGAUCGAAGGGCAACCUUUUGACACCGUAUUCCAAGUGGCUUCAAAGGAGUUCAGUGAUCCAUGUUUAAAGGUUCACAUUUCAACAGUUCUUAAAGGAAUGCAGUCAAAGAAAAACUCCCCUUCAUCUUCAAACUUCAAUAACCCGAACAAAAAGAAUGAAUCUUCUUCCUUCCUGGAUGAUAACAUUAACAAUUACAUUCCUGUUGAACUUUUUGGUAUAAUAGCUGAUUGUGAGAAGCAGAAAAACCCUGGAGAGACUCUCUUGUUAAAAGCAAAAGAUUUGUGCUGGUCAGUUUUAGCAAUGGUUGCUUCAUGUUUUCCAGAUGUCUCUCCUUUAUGCUGCCUCACUGUUUGGCUAGAGAUUACAGCAGCAAGGGAGACAACAUCCAUUAAAGUGAACGACAUUGCUUCCCAAAUAUCUACAAAUGUUGCAGCAGCUGUGGAGGCUAACAAUUUCUUACCAGUAACUGCUAGAGCCCAAACACUUCAUUACAACCGCCGGAAUCCCAAACGAAGGCGGCUUAUGGAUUCCAUUCCGGUUGACACAUUAACUUCAAAGGAUUCUGAUGUAUCUACUGCUUCCAGUAGCAUAUUUCUUGAUCAAGGAAUUAUUUUUGGAGGCGAAAACAAAGAAAUGGCUGAUGAAAAUAAAGUUUCAACCGAAUCUGAUAAAGUACUCGAUUCUUUAUCUAAAAUGGUGGCAGUGCUUUGUGAGCAACGUCUCUUUCUUCCUUUGCUAAGAGCUUUUGAAAUGUUUCUCCCUUCAUGUGCCCUACUUCCCUUCAUCCGUGCUCUUCAGGCAUUCUCUCAGAUGCGUCUAUCAGAAGCUUCUGUUCAUCUAGGAUCCUUUUCAGCAAGAAUCAAAGAAGAGCAUUUGAACAUGCAAAGAGACGGGUGUAUGAACACUUCAUGGGUGAGUUCAAUUGCUGAGAAAGCUUCUGACUCCAUGCUUAUGACAUGUCCAUCACCUUAUGAAAAAAGAUGCUUAUUGCAACUAUUAUCCGCUACUGAUUUUGGCGAUGGGGGAUCUGCCAUGGCACACUACCGGAGGCUGUAUUGGAAGAUUAAUUUAGCAGAGCCUUUGUUACGAAAAGAUGAUGUGUUACAUUUAGGGAAUGAAACUUUGGAUGAUGCUUCACUUUUAACUGCACUAGAAGAAAAUGGACACUGGGAACAGGCGCGUAAUUGGACAAAACAGUUGGAGGCAACUGGUGGGCCAUGGAAGUCAGCUGUACACCAUGUCACUGAAACACAGGCUGAAUCAAUGGUGGCAGAGUGGAAAGAGUUUCUUUGGGAUGUUCCGGAGGAAAGGGUUGCAUUGUGGGGUCACUGCCAGAUGCUUUUUCUCAGAUAUUCUUUUCCUCCAUUACAGGCUGGAUUAUUCUUCCUGAAACAUGCAGAAGCUGUAGACAAAGAUCUUCCACCAAAGGAACUACAUGAAUUGUUGCUUCUUUCUCUCCAGUGGUUAAGUGGGACAAUAACUCAAACUCCUCCAGUUUAUCCAUUGCAUCUUCUUCGGGAACUUGAAACAAGAGUCUGGCUUCUAGCAGUAGAAUCAGAAGCUGAGGUCAAAACUGAAGGAGAGUUGACCCUAAAUAGUCAAAGUAGGGAAACUGGAUAUGGAAAUGGAAAGGGAUCAAGUAUUGUAGACCAUACUGCAAGCAUCGUAUCAAAAAUGGACAAUCAUAUUAACACAAUCAAGACUAGAAAUGACAGGGGUGGUCCACAGGUCAUAGAUAAGUCAAAACGUAGAGCUAAAGGCAUUGUGACAUCAAGAAAGGCUUUUGUUGAUGUUGAAAAAGCUGCUGAGGUUUCUUUGGACACAGAAGAAAAUUUAUCUUUUUCAAGAUGGGAGGAAAGUAUUGGGCCCGCUGAGCUGGAAAGGGCGGUUUUGUCUUUGUUGGAAUUUGGACAAAUCACAGCUGCUCGACAGCUUCAACAUAAGCUAUCUCCUUCACAUUUUCCUUCAGAAUUUGUUCUUGUGGAUGCAGCUUUGAAACUUGCUGAGAUCUCAACUCCUGGAAACAAAGUAGCAAUUUCCAUGUUGGAUGAUGAUGUGCGUUCUGUAAUUCAGUCACAUAAUCUGCCAACUCACCAUCAAUUUAUUGAUCCUAUUCAGGUAUUGGAGAGUUUGACAGGCUUCUUUGUAGAUGGAAGAGGACGUGGGUUAUGUAAAAGAUUGGUCUCUGUUGUAAAAGCUGCAAAUGUGUUGGGUGUUACAUUUUCAGAGGCAUUUGAUAAACAUCCAAUUGAACUCCUACAACUUCUUUCUCUCAAAGCACAAGAUUCUUACGAGGAAGCUCAUCUUUUAAUUCAAACUCAUUCCAUGCCAGCUGCUAGUAUUGCUCAGAUUCUUGCAGAAUCCUUUUUGAAGGGAUUAUUAGCUGCACAUCGUGGUGGAUAUAUGGAUUCUCAAAAAGAGGAAGGCCCUGCUCCUUUGUUAUGGAGAUUUUCAGAUUUUUUGAAAUGGGCUGAGCUGUGUCCUUCAGAAUCAGAAAUUGGUCAUGCUUUGAUGCGUUUAGUGAUUACAGGACAGGAAAUACCACAUGCCUGUGAGGUUGAGCUGCUAAUUCUGUCGCACCAUUUCUACAAAUCAUCAGCUUGCCUGGAUGGUGUUGAUGUUCUUGUAGCCCUGGCAGCAACAAGAGUGGAUGCUUACGUGUCAGAAGGCGACUUCGCAUGUUUGGCUCGCCUAAUAACCGGAGUUGGAAACUUCCAUGCCCUUAAUUUCAUACUUGGAAUCCUUAUCGAAAACGGACAGCUGGAACUUCUUCUUCAAAAAUACUCCGCCGCAGCCGACACUCACACCGGAACCGCCCAGGCCGUUCGCGGUUUCCGCAUGGCCGUCCUUACAUCACUCAAGCAAUUUAACCCCAAAGAUCUCGAUUCUUUCGCUAUGGUGUACAAUCACUUUGACAUGAAGCACGAAACAGCAUCACUCCUGGAAUCACGAGCCGAACAAUCAUACCAAAUGUGGUUCCUCCGUUACAACAAAGACCACACGGAAGACCUUCUGGAAUCCAUGCGGUACUUCAUCGAAGCCGCGCAAGUCCACUCCUCCAUAGACGCGGGAAACAAAACCCGCGCCGCCUGCGCCAGCGCAUCACUCGUUUCCCUCCAAAUCCGCAUGCCAGACUUCCAAUGGCUGUCGCUCUCCGCCACCAAAGCCCGCCGCGCCUUGGUGGACCAGUCCCGCUUCCAGGAAGCAUUAAUUGUGGCGGAAGCCUACAACCUCAACCAGCCCGGCGAGUGGGCCCUCGUGCUCUGGAACCAGAUGUUGAAACCGGAGUUGACCGAACAGUUUGUGGCGGAGUUUGUGGCGGUGUUGCCGCUCCACCCCACCAUGCUGGUGGAGAUCGCCAGGUUUUAUAGGGCGGAGGUGGCGGCGCGUGGGGACCAGUCGCAGUUUUCGGUUUGGUUGACAGGUGGCGGGUUGCCGGCUGAGUGGGCCAAGUAUUUGGAGAGGUCGUUUAGGUGUUUGUUGAAGAGGACUAGGGAUUUGAGGUUGAGGUUACAGCUGGCCACGGUUGCCACCGGGUUUAGUGAUGUCAUUGAUGGGUGUUUGAAAGCAUUGGAUCGGGUUCCGGAUAAUGGUGGGCCCCUUGUGUUGAGGAAAGGCCAUGGUGGGGCCUACCUUCCUCUAAUGUAAACCUAAGUGCAAUGUUUCUCAUGAUUGAUUUUUGUGUUGUUUUUGGUUUGAGGGGCUGUGUUUAUUUAUUUGUACUUAUUUUUUUUUUGUAGCAAAUGUAGAUUUGAGAAAUGAGAUGUAUAAUGAUAUAUAUAGGCUGGGUGUAGAAAACUUGAAAAGAUACACAAUUUUAGGGUUCCACAUCAAUAUAGAAAUGUUCAAUAUACCACUUUUUAUUUUUCUUUAAA